AGCUUUAAUUUUGUUAUGAUUCUUUCUUUUUUUCUUUCUUUUUUGCUUUGUCCAGGCGUUUUGCCGAGGGACUGUAAAGACGUACAGCAGAGAGGUUCGACUUCGAGCGGAAUGUACACGAUUCAACCUGAUCAUAACGGCUGGCCUUUCCAAGUUUACUGUGAUAUGGUAACUGAUGGCGGUGGUUGGACGGUCUUCCAGCGCCGUUCGAAUGGUUCCGAACAGUUCCGACGCGGCUGGGCCAGCUAUCGGAGGGGCUUCGGCUCACCCGAAGGCGAGUUCUGGCUCGGCCUUGAUCGACUACAUCGACUUACGUACCAAGACGAAUACGAACUCAGGGUCGAUAUGUCCGACUUCGACAACAUCGCAGUGCAUGCUGGGUAUACAUGGUUUAGGGUAGACGGCACAGCGUCCAAUUAUAGGCUACACGUUGGAGAAUACCACGGAAUCGCAGGUGAUGCACUGUCCUACCACGACGGUCAAGAGUUCAGCACGAAAGACCGCGACCACGACUCGACCAAUACGAGCCACUGCGCAAGAGACUCCGGCGAAGGAGGGUGGUGGUAUAACCGCUGCCUUGAGGCCAACCCGAACGGUCUCUAUCUCGGAGGCCAUACGGAACGGACACGAGAGGGCAUCGUGUGGACACCGUGGAAAGGAGCGAAUUACUCGUUGAAGAUGAUACAACUGAAAUUGCGCCCAGUUGCAGAUUAAUGUGGAAAGAAAAUGCAGCGACAGUCAUGGUCCAGCAACAUUGUGUAGACAGUCACAUCCAGAAGAGACAGAAAUUCGAUUGGAUUAAUUAGGACACUAACAGAUAGUGGGUAAAGACCCCUAAAGACAACGAAGUGUCAACCAGAAAUCAAAAAGAGGAGCGAUUUGUAGACUUGUGGUUUGGCGAUAAUACCGACAUUAACAUUAAAGAAGUCAAGGAACUUGGCUACAUGCUGCGUAUUACGACAUUGGACGGGUUCAAGUUCGGUUUUCUUUUCCUUUUUUCCAUUAUGGCAAUGUGACUGAAGUUUUGAGGGAAACAUACGCCUCCAAGAUACCUCAAAAGUCAAAUGAUAAAAUACUUGAUUUGUUUUUAGAGAAGUCACUCCGAAUAUUCAGCAACUCUCAAUGAUAACUGUGCUAACAAAAUAGUUAUGUGCUUGGGUUUGAUGAAGGUCGGUCUUGUUUGUAACUAGCUUUCAUAAUCAGGUUUUGGAAGAUGGUAUUACCUAAGCCUGUUUAUGAAAGUGGUUAAAAACUACCAAGUUAUUGUUGUAAAUACUAGUUGAAAAUAUGAAAACGUUCAACACAUCAAGCUCACUUGCUAUGUCACUAGUCAUUAACUUGUAAACAUGUAUUGCUGUCACGGGCUACCGACAAUUAUAGAAGAAUAAAAGGCUGAAAUUCAGAUGAACUAGCUUGGUGUAUUCAUGGUAUAGGUGGGGUUGGAGUCGGUCUAUUUAGUGGAAGGCAACAAGUUGAUAAAAGAGUUGCAUUUGAUCGCAACUUAAAAAAUCAAAGGCAAGUCCCUGACACAUCCCAUAUACAAGACCCAAGUCCCUUUGAUCAGUUUAGAAUCAAGUUGUGUUUGAUUUUUGGACUUACGUUUGAUUGAAGCUGUU